CUUUCACAGUAUAUUUGAUUAUUGAUUUUAUUGCUGCUUCGUUUUAUCAUUUUUAGCCUCAAUAAUGGCUAACAAUUUGUUUAGACAUCCCAAAAGGGCAUCUGAUUAUUGUGUAGCUUGUUCUAACAAUUCCAAGAAAAAUCCUCAAUACAGCUAUUUUAAAUUUCCCAAAGAUGAAGAUAGGUGUAACAAGUGGAAAGUAAAACUACAAUUAGUGAAAUUGGAUUCCUAUAAUUCAGAACAAUGUUAUAAACGGUUCAGAGUCUGUAGUGCCCACUUCGAAGAACGAAUGUUUUCAAGCAUGCAAAAAAAUAGACUGAAGAGGGAUGCUGUUCCAACCAUAUUCGAAUAUUCAAAACAUUCCAGUGGAGAGAGUGGAGCAUCUUCUGAUGAUAGAAAGAAACGUCGGAUGUGGGAAUUAUCCAUUGAAAAGGUUUUACCUCCUACUAGUUCCAUAUGUUCACAGCAUUUUCCACCAGACUGUCUGGGAAAGACCAAAAUCAAGAAAGGGGGCCUACCAAACAAGAAAUACUCGCCAAGAACACCUAUCCUUUCAGAUGAUCUUGAAAUUUCUGAACCGAGUCAAGGAAAGCCAUUUGCCUCAAAGGGCGGGUACCAAUAUGAAAUGCUCAAAAAGAGCUCCAACAAUUUCAUUACUUGGGUUUGCGUUAAACGUGAAACAGAACAGUGUCACGGCCGUUUAACAUCUAAGUUUGGCUUUGUUAUGAAAGAGUUUCCACAUAGUUGUAGAGAAGACACUGUAAUAAAUCUAAUGGAACAUUGUGCCAAUAUUGAGACAGAAAUAAGUAAGGGAAAUGGAGAUAUUCCUAUCGAGUUAAUCUCUGGAAAUGCAAGUCCAGAGAAAGAAUUCAAUUUGGUGAAGCAAGAACAAAGUUCAUCUGAAAUUGAAAUGGAUAGUUUUACUUCUGUCAAACAAGAUAUUGGCGUGAAUGUCAAAAAUAAACUGAAACGUCAACGGACUGAAAUUAGCAGUAAGCAUUCUCUUUCACAUCCCGUGGAAUUUGACCCGAGUUUGAGAAGACUUUCUGAAGAUGUAUUGAGUCCAGAACCUGAAAAAUCAUCGGAUCAUAGCGAAAACGUAAUUUGUCGAUUAUGUUUGGAAUCCUCCAAUAGGAAUGAGGCAACACCCCUCAGUUUACCCGACAAAAACUGUAGUGAAGAAACAAGUGGUUCUAAGAAGAUCAGAGCUAUGCAAACGGCCAUGUUUGCUAAUAUGCUACAGAUUCUAAUGCCACACUUUGACUUGGGUAUGGCCUGUAAUCCUGUGAUGUGUCCUAAGUGUAAAACAUUACUUUUAUCAGCUUAUAAUUUUGUUGAAACAUGCACAAAUAAUGAAAAUGUGAUAUAUUUGUAUAAAUCAAAAUAUGCCUCAGAUGGAAAAAAGGUUUUCUGUGAGGAUGUGGUCAAAAGUUUACCUGCUUUGUUGAAUGAAGAUGAUUCCCCCAAUAAAAAAUUGAAAAUGAUGGAAUUGGAAAGCGAUAUAACAGAAAGUCAAGAGCAAAUAUUGAGUAGUACUAUACAGGACUGUACAGAGAUUGAACCUACUUGUCCUAGUCCUGUAAAGCAAGAAAAUAUUGAAAACGUUGAAAAGUAUUCAAGCCCUUCUACGGAAUCACUGGCAAUAGUAGAAGAAAAAAUUAUCGCUGAAGACUUUUCAGAUGAUUUCAUUGAUAUUUCUGUUAGUGAACACAUUUCUUCUGUGUUGAAAAUGAGGUCGUUACAAAAGAAACAAUCUUCACCUGAUAAUUGUGGGACAAUCAAAGUUGAUAAGCCUCCGAAAAAUUCAACCAAAACUCACUUCUGUGAUAAAAGUUUUCAAGUGACAAAUAUUUCAGCACCAAGCUAUAAUAUAGUAGAACCGACGAAAAAAAGUGAUUAUGAUAUUAAUUUAACUUGAGAUAGAUUAUUCAUAUAAACCAUUGAGUUAGUUCACUUGCAGGUUCCAAGUGAAACAGAAUUCUUGUAAAACCAUUCUAAUAUGGCUUACAUGUUUUUUACUUUUCUGAAUUGUUCUCAUUUCACUGUUACUAUCUGUGAUACAUAACAGAAAUAUACUUAUGUAUUUUAAUUAAAAAAGAUGUUGAAAUUUGAUUGAAA